AUGGAUAAGAAAGUGUGUGGAAUACUCAUGUCUAUAAAGAACUCGUUUCCCAAUUAUUGGGGGAAAACAGGAGACUACAAAUUUAUUAUUAAUGGAAAGAUUUUAAAUGGGUAUUGUUUUGGUAAUAAUUGUGAUAAUGAUCUCGAAAAAAUUAAUGCUGGAUGUUUAUAUUUGUUUGAUGCAUUCUUUGAGAAUUCUGAUUUGUUUAUGUCUGUUGCAAACAGUAACAUUGAUAUUGUUGAAUACAUUAUCAUAUGGUUAAGUAAAGUGUUAAAUCGAAUCAAAAAUGAACAUGGCAACAGUCUAAAAUUUUUUUAUGAUAUAUAUAUAAAGAAUCAUGAUAAGUAUAAAAACCCUAUAUAUGGUGUUGAAAAUCAUUAUAAUAGUUAUAAGGAUCUUAUAGAUAAAAAAAAUAUGAUGAAUAUAAAUAUUAAAGAGAUAUCUAAAUUAUAUGAUGCAUUUACUACAUUAUGUAUGAUGUAUGUUGAAUUUAAUGAAAAAAGUUCAAAUUGCAAGAAAUAUUUGGAAGAAGCUAACAAGUUUGUUGACCAAUAUAAAAAACUUGAGGGAGAUUCUAGUAUCACUGAUAAGAGUUCAUAUACUCAACUAUUGUUUACUUUAUUAAAUGAUUAUAAUAAUUUUAUAAAUAAAUGUAGUGGCAUUAAUUGUCCCAAUAUUUCAUCCUUUCCAUCGAUAGAAAAAGCAGAAAAUGAUAUACGAAGUUCUGAACAAAUUGUACAAAAAUUAGAACACGUUUCUGAAGAUCCAUCAUCAAGUUCGUCGAUAACAAGCAAUUUAUUUAUAGUAUUAUCAAUAUUUGGUGCAAUAGCAUUUUUUUUUGGAAUUUCUUAUAAGUAUUCGUUAUUUGGAUUUCGGAAACGAUUUCAAAAACAAAAAUUAAGAGAAAAAAUAAAAAAUAUAAAGAAAAGAAUGAAUCAUUAA